AUCGCUUGAAGGCUUUGGUGACGCAUUUUGAAGAUUAAGAACCGGUGGUGGAGAGGUGACAAUCAAUUCAAUGCCACUAUUUCUUUCUUGCUAUCAAGUAUCAACCUUUAAGCACUUUAUGGACUCUCUGUCUUUUCAUUCUUUCUGCCGGAAAAUAUUACCAAUAUGGGUGUCGGUUUUAGGCCAAGUCUCAAGUGCGGUUUCCCAGUUCACUCUCAGUUUGUCUCCAAUUCCCCAUCCAGGCUCCCUUCUUCUUCUGUUAAAGGCAGGGAGGGUUCUUUCAACCUGACGAGGUUAUCUUUUCUGUCUGUUAUUUCUGAAGAGGGUGACAUUUUGUAUAGAGAUCCUCUCAAGGCAUUUGCAUGUUCACCUGGACUGCAAAUCUUAGAGAAUGAACAUACCCAAGUGGAAGGAUCUAAGAUGAUUUUUGGCAAGGGAUCUCAUAACACAAUUGACAUUUUGGUUCCACCUUCAACUUCAAGCUCAAAAGACAGGCAUUCAAGGUUUAGUUUGUUAUUGGAGAAUCUUAACAUCUUAGAGGAGUCAUUUGCUGAUUCUGAUGUGUUGAAGUUGGAAAGAGAUAUUCUAAUGCAUUUAGGAAGGCUUGGAGCUCUAAAAUUAUUCAAUACAUGCCUAAGGAGGACCUUUUCUGAUGUUCCUACUGAAACUGUUGGAGAGUGUGAAAUCAAUGGCAUAUCAAAUAAUCAUGUAAAUGAAGUUAUUGUCCGUUCUGCAAAAAAGGAAGAAAGAAAAUCUAGAAGAAAAAGAGCUUCUUCGAAAACUAAUCUAGUUGCUUCUUUGUCAUUGCCUUCAAAAUCCAUUCAAAGUGGUCCUGGAAAGCCUACUUAUUCUUCUGCCAAAAAAGCUUCAAAUUCACAGAGUAGAAGAUUGGUGAUUGCUAGAAAUGAAGCAGAAAUGUCCAGGGGAGUUAAGAUGGUUGCAGAGUUGGAGAAGAUCAGAACAACUUUGGAAGAGGAAGCUGGGCGAGUUGUCAGCUGGAGUUGCUGGGCUGAAGCAGCUGGACUUGACAUGAAGGAGCUGCAGCAGCGGUUGCGUUUUGGUUGGCAUUGCAGAGAUGAGCUCAUCAGGAGCACUCGCCCAUUAGUUCUAUACUUUGCCAGAAAUUACAGGGGUAUGGGGAUAGCCUUGGAAGAUUUACUUCAGGCUGGAACUGUGGGCGUCUUGCAAGGUGCAGAAAGAUUUGAUCACACAAGGGGGUACAGAUUCUCAACUUAUGUACAGUACUGGAUACGAAAAUCAAUGUCAAAGAUUGUCACUCGGCAUGCUAGAGGGAUUCAAAUUCCUUGCACACUAAGCCAAGCAAUAAACCAGAUACAAAAAGCUCGAAAAGCCCUUAACACCCGCUAUGGGAAAUACGCCGAUGACACUGAAAUUGCCAAGUUCACGGGUCUUUCUUUGGCUAAAAUUGAAUCAGCAAGCAAAUGCCUUAGGGUUGUGGGUUCAAUCGAUCAAAAAGUCGGAGAUAGUCUCAAUGCAAAAUAUUUGGAAUUUAUGUCUGAUACGUCGAUACAGAGACCUGAAGAAGUUGUCAUGAGGCAACACAUGAUAAAAGACAUACAUAAUCUUUUAAGAGGCAUGGAAUCAAGAGAGAGGCAAGUAUUAAUUCUUAGAUAUGGUCUCAAGGAUUAUCAACCCAAAUCACUUGAGGAGAUUGGGAAGCUUUUUCAUGUGAGCAAGGAGUGGGUAAGGAGGUUAGAGAAGAAAGUUAUAACAAGACUUAGGAAUGAAGAAAUCUGCAGAAACUUAAGACAUUAUAUGAAUCCAUAGUUUCAUCCUAGAUUCUCCUGUCAUAUUCAUACCUGGUUUUGAGGUUAAAUCUGGGGAUUUUUGUCAUCUAUCAUUGCAGUCUUCAAGAGAUGGAAAAUACACCACCAACAAAGGUGGUUGCCUUUGUUUUUAGUGGACUUGUCAUUGUCAUUCUUAUGUGCCUUGAAAUGGGGUAAUUUACAUGGACAGUACACCAAUUUAGGUUCUAUAACAGUAAGGCAUAUAGGCUUCAUUCUUACAUCACAUCCAACUUACAGAUAUAUUAUUAUAUUGUUUUUGGUAUAAACUGAGUUUACAUUGUUCAUGGUUCUAUGAUCUCUUGCAUGGGGUCAGGAUUUUGAUUGUACAAUUCUUGUGGAGAUAUACAUAAGCAUUGGAUUGUU